AUGCUUCUCAGCAGAAAUUCGACGUCGACUCACCAAUCUGAAGCGAACCAAUUGGCCAAAAAGAAGGGACGGAUGAAAACGAUUGGAAAAAAACGAGAAAUGCGUUUAUUAAUGAGAAGAUUAAAUGAUAAGAGCGCUUAUCGACAAGGAAUGGAGAACAUGCAAACAAAAUUGGAAACCGUGAUGGAGGAACCGACGGAAACUUCGACAGAUGCAACAGAAAUUGAAGCUUGUCGUGCAGAAAAUCGAGAACUUCAAGAGAUUUUCCAGAAGAUUCAACACAGCAUUGAAGCGGACAGAUGCGCGCUUCUUUUUAAGCUAGAUAUGGAGCGAGAGCAGUAUGAGAAACUUCGUGAAGUGAAAAAAUGGAAUUUUGCCAAUAUGCAGAGAGUUUUACGUGCAAGACAAAACAAAUGUUUUAAUACCUAUUUCGCUGAAGAGCCAGAAAAUAUGCCGACAACGAGCUGUGAAGACUCAUUGAAACCUAUCACAGAUUUGGCGAUGAUUGAAAGGGAAUUCGAAAAAUCUAGAAUUGAGAUAGCUGAGAUUUACGCAUUGUGCCAAACGAAAGGUUUUACGACUGCCGCAAAAUUUGCCAACAGUUUAGACAACAAUCUUGGCAAUGACGCUAAAAGACGUGUAGAUAAAAUCAACAAGAAAUUGAUUAAUUUAGGACGUCACAUUGCUAUUCAUAAAGCGAAUAAGGUGACAAGCCAUCUUCGUCAGGAGCUCGAGUUUGCGUUGAAUGUACCGGGCUCGGCGAAGCCGUCUUGCGAAGAGAAGAGUCACAUGUUGGAAGAGUUUGAGAAGGCCUCGUUAGAUAUGGUCUGCGACCUGAAGAAAACGUUGGAGCGGUUGAAGGUCGUUGCCGCCGGCGACAAUUGCGACGAGUUCGAGUCGUAUUUGGAAGUGGUUAGUGACAAAUUCCAACACAUUAUCCGUCAUUUUCAGCACAACAAUCCUGAAUAUCAUAUUUGA